AUGUCUCUACCAUCAACUGUUAAUGAUUUUAAGCCCGUCUAUAACUUAGUUGAAUUAAAAUUAGAAAAUUAUAAAGAAAAUGAACUAGUUUUAGACACGAUUUAUGAGUUAAAAUUGUUUUUUCAAAAUCCUAAUAAUUGUACUUGCUAUCAAAUACCAAAACAAAAAGAUCUUAGAACCUGUUUUGAAAAAUUAUGUAGAAUUAAUAAUUAUUUACUUUGUACACUACAAAAUUAUUUACAAUUAAAUGGAUUAACUGAACGUGUUUAUAGAAAUACUGGACGUGCAUCUAAAACAGAUUCAAGAGUUUUUUUAGAUCUUGCUAUAAUAUUUCUAAUUAAACAAUUUUUAGUGCAAUAUAGAACAAUUCACAGAUUUUCUUCUCUAUUACGGCAUCAAGAUAAUUCUAGCAUUUUUAUUUAUCUUCUAACUGGUCAAAUCUAUGUUUCAGUUUAUAAUGAAUAUAAAAAAAACUUUUAUCUUACUCAUAAUAAAUCUGAAAAAAUAAUCUUAUAUUUUAUAUUUAGAAAAUUAUAG